AUGUCGGUAUCUCGCCGUUGGAGCUGCGUCAGCGCGGGUCUGGCAGUCUGGCUAAAAGGUGGUGAACCUAAGGGCAUGGGUGCCUCCCUGCUUCAUGCGGCGGUAACCCUCCUAUGGUUGGCAGCCACAACGGGGUUCCUCGACCCCACCCGGCGGGACCAGCUGAUGCGCCAAGAGGCAUCCAGACAAACAGGCGGCGGCGUGGCACUCACGCCGGCCGAGCAGCGACUGGACAACAGGCUUCACCGGAUGAAAGUGCACGAGAUGGAAGCCAAGCCCUUCCCGCCCUCUAUCCACUUCUUCAAAGCUAAGAAGCUGAUACGUGACAGCCCCAUCUUCAAACUGUUGCAAGACAUGCCCAAAGGCGGCGCCCUGCACAUUCACAGCUCGUCGCUAGUCAGCGCCGAGUGGCUGGUGAAGAACGCCACGUACCGGCCUAACUGCUACGUAUGCUUCACGUGGGACAACUCUGUACGCUUCGUCUUCUCUCAGCAGCAGCCGUACCCGCGCUGGGACUGCUUCUACUGGCAGCUCCUCAGCACGCUUCGGGCCAAGGUGGGCGACCAGAGCGCCUUCGACGCAAGCUUGUUAAAGUAUCUCACGUUGGUCACCGACGACCCGGACGGAGAAUACCCGAACCAGGACGUUGUGUGGGACAAGUUUGAGAAGACCUUUAUUGCCGCGGAGGGCCUAAUUAGCCACGCUCCUGUCAUGAAGGAUUACCUUCUAGAAGGUCUGAGCGAGCUGCACCGGGACAACGUCAUGUAUUUGGAGUUGCGCAGCCAACUAGCCAGAACGUACGAACUAGACGGCACCAUCCACGACAGGAUUUGGACGCUCAGGAUUUUUCAAGAUGUCACCAGGAAGUUCGUAGCCGAUCAUCCGGAUUUCGUGGGCGCUCGUAUGAUCCUCUCCGUGCACCGGGCAUCGAGCGCGUCUAAAGUGAAGGCAGCUGUAGAGGAGGCCUUGGCACUGCGGCGGGAAUUCCCUGACGUAGUGGCGGGAUUCGACUUGGUCGGCAGGGAGGAUCGCGGCAGUCCGCUUUGGUACUUCCGAGACGCGCUCUCGCUGCCCGCCCGGCGGGGCCUUGACCUGCCGUACUUUUUUCACGCGGGAGAAACAGACAAAGAGGGCACAGAGACUGAUCAGAACGUUUUAGAUGCGCUCCUGUUCAACGCCAGCCGUAUCGGGCACGGCUACGCGCUGGCACACCACCCGCUAGCUAAAGAAAUCUCCAGGCUCGGGCAGGUGGCAGUGGAGGUCUGCCCCAUCUCUAACCAGGUCCUGAAGCUUGUGUCAGACCUGCGUAACCACCCGGCGGCGGUGUUGAUGUCAGAGGGCCACCCAUUGGUGAUCAGCUCAGAUGAUCCGUCUAUGUUGGGCACGACGGGCUUGUCUUACGACUUCUACCAGGCCUUCGUGGGCAUCGGCGGCCUAAGGGCCAACGUGGGGACGCUGAAGGAACUGGCGCUCAACUCCAUCAGGUUCAGUUCGCUGCCGCCGAACCUCAAAGACGCGGCGAAAGUUGUUUGGCAGAAGAAAUGGGACUCCUUUGUUUCGGCUCAUUCUUGA